AUGAUUUAUAAAAGUACGAAAAAACUAUCAAAUAAAGUUUGUGACGUUUUGGUAUCCUUCGGAGUGCGUCAAAAUAAAACAACCUUUAUUUCGCAUCCAGGAGUUAUGGCUGUUUCACAACUACUUGAAAUGAAGCUGAUUACAAGACCCAGAGCAACACUGACUCAAGAGAAUGUAAAUGCCAUGGUGGAAUUUGAUUACGAGCUAGCUAAAAAAGCGCAAAUAGCUGUGGACAAUAAUUUGCCCGUGAAUUUUUUCGAUCUUGAAUACAUAGACAGACCCGAAUAUUUGGAACAACUACUUGAAGAGAAGAAAAUUUUAGAAAAAGCAAGAGAAGAUGUUUUAAAAAGAGAAAAAGGAAAUUAUAAAUUACCUGAAGUUUUAAAAAAUUAUAAACGAGUUGAAGUACCAAGAGAAUGGAGACAGGAAUUAGAAAUUGAUGAGAAUAUUUUAAAGGCGCAACCCGGAUUAAAGGAAAAUAUAGAAUUACAAAAAAUUAUGCAUAAUUAUAUACAAAAUAAAUUUAAAAAUAAAAAUUCAGCACAAAGCUCGAAGAAGCACAUAAAAGGAUGA